AUGUCCAUUGACGCUGGUGUCCCAUCGAUAGGCCCGCCACAAAAUCAUAAUCAGACGCGUACAAAUUCAACCAUUCACUAUGCUGGUUCGCCUGGCACUUGCUACGACGAUCCUGCUGAUCCUGCUAUCCUGCUCGGCGGUCCGGCCAGCGCCAUUCGCGUGGCACCGCUGAGCGCCCAGCAGCAGGAGAGGCUGUCCAAGGGGGCGCCGACCACCAGAGCGUUCGAAGGUCGCGUCAUAGAUGGCACCGACGCGGAGUUGGGCCUGGCCAAGUACCAGAUCUCGCUGCAGGGAAGCUACUACCACGAUCACAUGUGCGGCGGUGCGAUCCUCAACGAUCGGUGGGUGGUGACGGCGGCCCACUGUGUUUACGGAUAUAAUUUCAGCUACCUCCGGGUGGCCACCGGCACCGUGCGCUGGCAAGAGCCCGAUGCGAGGUACUUCGUGGAGGAGUACUGGGUGCACUGCAACUACAACGUGCCCGCCUACUCCAACGACAUUGCGCUGAUCAAGCUGAACGACUCGAUUGUGUUCAACGAGUUCACACAGCCCGUGGCCCUGCCCACACAGCCGCUGGCCAAUGGCACAGAGCUGCUGCUCACCGGCUGGGGCUCCACCGUGCUGUGGGGCGACACACCCGAUGUGCUGCAGCAGGCAUCCCUCACCUACGUGGACUACCCCACCUGCCAGCAGAUAACGAACAACGAUCCGAUGAGCGCCCACUGCCACGUGUGCACCCUGACGUCGGGCGGACAGGGCGCCUGCCACGGCGACUCGGGGGGUCCGCUGACGGCCAACGGCACUCUGUACGGGCUGGUCAACUGGGGCUAUCCGUGCGCCGUUGGCUACCCCGAUAGCCAUGCCUCCGUCUACUUCUACUUGGACUGGAUCCGAUCCAUGAUGAACGGACCCUGCAAGAGCUGCCACUGCUAUGCCAGCAACUACCCCAGUCUGUGAUGUCUGUGAUGAACCAAAUAAAGCCAGUGUCGGGAAUAAACUUCGCAUCUUUA